AUGGAGAACGGCACCCUCGCUACCGCACAACACGACGUAUACGCCGCCACAUCGGUGGCUGAGAUCCAUGCUGCGCUUGCGGAGCUGCACCAGCAGGAAGCCGCCGUCACCCAGCGUCUGAACGACCUCAUCGCCUCCCAGAAAGACCUCUCCCGCGAGCUCGGUCGCCUCGAUCUGCUCCGCGCCAAUCUCGGCACCCAGGUCGUCAACACCCGCGCCAUCAGCAAUGGCAUGCUGUCCGACGCAGCCUCCACCGCGAACCGCAUAUCGAGCGCCGUGAAGCGAUUGGACCACGAGCAGUCAAAUGUGAAGGCGACGCUGGAGGUUGUCGAGCAGGUGGCGGAAUUGAAGGCAUGCGUGCUGGGUGUGCAUGGCUCCAUGGGUGCCCCGCAGGACUGGGAAACUGCCGCGGGGUACCUCAGCCGUGCCUCCAAAAUACCAGACGAGGUCAUAGACGGCAGCUUUGCGGAAGAGAUUGUGCCCACAGCAGAGGUGCCUGACCCGCCGCGGGUGACACUGAACGCCGCCGCCGAGUCGCUGUGCGGCCUGUUCCUGCGCGAGUUUGAGAAGGCCGCGACUGAGGGCGAUGGCUCGCGCGUAACGAGAUUCUUCAAGCUGUUCCCCUUGAUUGGGCGAACAGACACGGGUCUCGAUGCAUACGGCCGCUAUGUGUGCCAGGGCGUCGCUGCAAGAGCCCGCACAAACUUCAAUUCGGCCCCGCCAUCCCAGAGGCAGGAGAGCUACUUCUAUGGCCAAACCCUCACCAAGCUGUUCGAGCACAUCGCCCAGAUUGUAGACGGUCACGAGCCGCUAGUAGAACGCCACUAUGGUCCCGGCAUGAUGGCAAAGGUCAUUGAGCGUCUGCAGAUUGAGGCAGACGUUCAAGGUGGCAUUGUUUUAGACACCUGGCACGACGAGCGCAACAUUGAUCGUAAACUGACUGAUAUCAAAUCUUAUGCUUUCUCCUUUCUGUUGCAGAGCUUCAAGCCCGCCAAUGGGACCCCCCGUUCCAGCUCACCGGCCAAUGCUGCCGGACGUACCAGCGAGGAUGAAGGCGUUGACAUGAAGGAGGUCGAUGGCCUACUUGCUGAAAGUGCCCUAAUGCUCGGUCGCUGGGCUCUUUACUCCCGCUUCAUAUCCGACAAAUGCGCACCUGCUGAGCCCGAAGAUCGCAUCGACCAUGGCUUGGUAAUGCCGCAAUUCCUAGCGACAAGCAACCUAUACCGAAAGGUUUCUGGUCAUCUAAUCGAACCCUUCAACUUCAUGACAACCUUCUUCUUCCGCCGCUCCGUAGAAAAAGCCUUCCAAAUGGACCAAUCCCCCUCAGGCCUCAACCUCAAUCCCACUAAGCCCCUCAGUGCCGAACCCCCCUUCAUCACCACCGCCGUCGACACCGUCAUGUACAUCCUAAACCAAGUCCUCCAGCGCGCACUAGCAACCUCCCAGCGCGACGUCAUCGCCAACGUCGUCCCCACAGUCGGUAGUCUCCUAGGCACAGACUUUAUCGGCAUGAUCCAGCGCAAGAUGCGCGAUGAGAGCUAUCCCAGACCUGUGAUACAAGGCGGCCUUCCCCCGGAAGACAAAGUCAUUGCCUUCCUUGUGCUGAUCAACAACCUGGACGUCUCAAAUGACUACAUCAAGCGCAUCGUGGAGCAGCAGCUCGGCGGCCCUUCCCAACCGCAAGAUUCCUCCGAAUCACCAUUGCAAAACCUAUUCCCCUUCGGCCACGACGCCCGCUUCGUAGAAACAAAACUCCGCAACCUCGAACACUCGUUUGCCGUAAACAGUGGAGAGCUGCUAAACGACGGCAUACAGGUCGCCUUCCACACCGUCCUCAAACCCCGCGUUCGCCCCAUCCUCUCAGAAGCCUUCCGCGAGAUUAACUACAGACCUUCGGACGAAGACGCCAAUGGCGAAGACGGCGAAGAAGACGAUGCAGAUCUGGUUAAAGCGCGCUUUGAUCGGGGCUGGGGCGCGCUCAUAAGGCCCAUCAAGCGCAUACUUACUACUGCGAAUUUUGACCGCUUGCUUACCGUCGCUCUCGCCUACCUGGCCAGUGCCCUCGAGAAGCGCAUCCGGGGGUACCACGGGCUCGUCAAUGAGCUUGGUGCGGUAAGGCUGGAGCGCGAUAUCUCGGGCAUUGUGACAGCGGCGGUUGGAGGAGGGAAAUACGCGCUACGCGACGCUUUCGCAAAGUGCACGCAGAUGACGUUGAUAAUGAACAUGGAGGACGACGAGUGGGAGGAGGUGUCGACGGAAGAGGCGGGCGACUCGGGCAUCGCGUGGGUGCUCACCGCGGACGAGAGAAGCUUUGCGCGGAGCAUCGUCAAGGGACCGAGGUGA